AUGCAGCGGCAGAAAGUGGAGAUUGGGUCACCCGAUGGGUCACCAGCCAUAUCGAGCACUACGAGUUUAGUAUCCAUACCGCAACGUCCUUCGUCGCCGCGCCAGUUUUUCGAACGACUGUACGGGCACCUGGAAACGCGCAGCUCGGAAAAUGGGGAAAACGACAUCGAUGUCGGCACCCACGCCCACAAGCCGCCCCCUUGUGAAACGCCUUAUCACAGCGACGGCGGCAGUGUCUCCUCGCCGGACAUUUCCAUCAGCGACGAACGCACCUCGCUCGCCAGCUUUCCCGCCUACGAUUUCUAUGGCCAGUCCAAGGAUUAUCCCCAGCAUCCGCAUCCCGCACAGCAGCAGCACCACCACCAUCACCAUCUCCAUCAGCAGGUGCAGCACAAGCUCAGCUAUGUUAGUCCACCUCCGGCCAUCAAUUCCGGCGUAACUGCGAGUCCCGUCCUGCCGCAUGGAUUUCCACCUGGCUUCCCAAGUGAUCCGCACUUCAGCGCCGGGUUUACUGCAUUUCUGGCUCGAAGGCGUCGCAAGGAGGGAAGACAACGCCGCCAGAGGACGACUUUCAGUACGGAACAGACCCUUCGUCUGGAGGUGGAGUUCCACCGGAACGAGUACAUCUCCAGGAGCCGUCGCUUCGAGCUGGCCGAAACGCUUCGCCUGACCGAAACGCAAAUUAAGAUCUGGUUCCAGAAUCGAAGGGCCAAGGACAAGCGCAUAGAGAAGGCCCAGAUCGAUCAGCACUACAGAAACUUUGUCGUGGCCAAUGGUUUUAUGAGCUCUAUAAUGGGUCAAGCGACCACGACCAUGCCCCCAGGAGGCGUGGCAGGGGGCGUGGGCCUCGGUUACUAUGCGGCGGCAGCGACGCCGACAGCGCUGCCCAAGGAUAGCACGCAGGAUGCUAGUUUCAUCGACAUCGAUGACCAGUACGAACAACAGCAACAACAGCGCCGCCGGGAAACAACAACGCUUGUCAAUACUUGCUAAU